AUAUUUUUGACGUAGUUAUUAGAGGUUAUGGUCUUUGAAUUUAAUUAGUUUACAUUCAAAUAAAUUAUUGAAACUUGAUAGCUUCACUUAAAUAUUUCAUUCUUUUGAAUUCGUUCACACAUUACCCAAAUACAGAAUGGAGGAAAAGUUGAAUAAUAGUUAAUCAAGUAAUGAGUAAUUUCAUAUACAUAUAUGGUAUUUAACUGUUAAGGAAUUCCCACCCAUUUAGAUGACAUCAUUUAGUUAUCUUUCUUUGCAUUCUCAAUUUCACUGACUGUAAUGGCUAGCUCUUUACCCUUCACUGAAAAAUCAAUAGCACAAGAAAGUUCAAUAAAUGAUUCAUAUCUAGCUCCUGAGGCAAGAUUUGAAUGUCCUAUUUGUUUGGCUUGGUUAAGAGAUCCACUUCUAACUUCUUGCGGGCAUAGAUUCUGCAGGCGAUGUAUAGAAUCAUGGCUACAACGGGAAAACCCGUGUUGUCCUGUUGAUAAUAUGACUCUAACGAAAGAUGAUAUUUUUCCUGAUAAUUUUACUAGAAGGGAAAUUAAUCAGCAAAGAACUAAGUGUCCCAAUAUCAUCAGAGGAUGCUUAGAGCAACUGAAUCCUCUAGAUGUUGAAAGUCAUCUCUUAAUUUGUCAAUUCAAAUUGCCAGAACUUCCAGAAAAUGAGAAGCUAAGGUGCUCCUUUGUACAUCUAGGAUGUGAAGAGAAAUUUGAAGAUGAAAUUGAGCUGGAAAAUCAUCUGCAACAACAGAUCCACAAACAUUUAAAUAUGAUACUUAGUGCUUGCAAUAAAUUUUCUGUGAGUCAGUCUGCUAAUUCUGUGAUAGCUGAAGAAGCAAAAUUUUGGGAUGCUCCUUCAAAAAAUGGACAGGCCUCAUCCUCUGACAAUGGAAAUCUCAAUGAAUUACUAAGAGCUUUAUACGAAAAACAUGUAAUCUCAGAACAGAAAAGUCGAGAACAAGAUAUAAUAAUAGCAAACCUGUCGGAACAAAUACAAUCUCAAACAUUGACUCUCUCAAAAAUGUCACUGAGAAAUUGUAAUGGUUGUUACUUGUGGUAUUUUAGUGAUUUCAAACAGAAGCUUGGUGCUAUGAGGAAUGAUAAUAGAAUAAUGCAUUAUAGUCCUGGAUUUUACACAUCCCUUAACGGAUACAGGUUGUGUAUUAGACUAAAUAUAUCACCAAAUAGCUCUAAUAGUAUCGCAAUCUUAAUUCAUAUGAUGAAAACAGAGCAUGAUAAUACCUUAGACUGGCCUUUCAGUGGACGAUUGACUAUUACCUUCAUUCAUCCAAUUGAUGCUUCUAGAAACAUCAAAGAAACUAUGAUGACUCGACCUAAUUUAGAGGCUUUUCAGAGGCCGAUUCAAGAUAUGAACCCUAAAGGAUUCGGAUAUACGGAAUUCACAACUAUAGACGAAUUACUUUCUCAAGGCUUCAUUGAAAAAAACCAGCUUAUAAUAAAGGUUCAAGCGCAACCGGUGUAGCUACAACAAAUUAUUUCUAAAUAUUAUCGAUGUUCGAAAUAUUUCCAUUGAUUGAGGAUUUAUAUUAGGUCCAAUAGAUAAAAAAAUCUGUUUAAGGAAAAAAUCAGUAUUCCGAAUAGUAUUCAAGUGUUCGAACAUUAAUUUCUGGUCCAGAUUACUUUUCUUCUAUUGAAUUUUUAUGUUUCUUUGAGAUUUAUCAUAAGUACUUAAGAGGAAAAUUUUAAUAGUAUGAUGUUAUAUUUUUAUGGAAUAUUUUAUUGAAAAAAUUAGGAAAUUGUUUAUCAAUUGUAAUCAAAAUAAAUUAUUAUUGAACUUUUUA